CUCCAAAACCUUCCUAUCUCAUCAAACACACAUACACAUUACACAUUACACAUUACACGCACCCUUGGAGGCUUGGAGUGAUACAACAUGAUGGCUUCUUCUAAUAUGGCCAAAAUACUACUUGGCCUCAUUGUGGUAGGAACCAUCCUAGCAGGAGCCUUGCCCAAAAAUGUGAUGGCUCAAAGUCCAGUAGCCUCCAUUGUGACACAAGAGUUUUUCGAUGGGAUAAUGAACAAGGCUACUGGGGACUGUCCUGGAAAGAGUUUCUACACCAGAGACGUUUUUCUGAACGUUGCGAACUCGUUCGGCCAAUUUGGUUCUGGUUCUGCUGAUCAAUCUAAACGUGAGAUUGCAGCCUUUUUCGCCCAUGUCUCCCACGAAACGGGAUUUCUAUGUCAUAUAGAGGAGACGGGAGGUUCAAAUCUGGAGAAUUCACACUACUGCGAUCUGAGUAUGGGUCCAUGCAACCCAAGCAAGAGUUACUACGGGCGUGGACCACUCCAGCUGACAUGGAACUAUAACUAUAUAGGUUUCGGCAAUGCCUACAAAAUUGAUGGGUUGAACGCACCCGAAAUGGUGGCGCAGGACGUCGUCGUUUCGUUCCAAUCAGCAUUGUGGUUUUGGAUGGAGUACGUUCAUUCUGUGAUGGACCAAGGAUUUGGUGCCACCACCAGGAAAAUCAAUAGUGGUGAAUGUGAUGGCAAAUUGCCUGACCUUGUUCGAGCACGCGCCAAUUAUUAUAAUGACUUCUGCAACCAGCUUGGUGUUGCUCCUGGAGACAAUCUCUAUUGCUAAUUAACUAAACAAAUAAUAUAUUUAUAUAUAUAUUAUUUAUUACAUGAAUGUCCAUCAAAAAAACAUAUAUGUAUAUAUAAAUAAAAUAUUUAUAGGGUGACUCUCAUAUGGUCUAAAAGGGAAAAUAAAUUGUACUGUCUAAUUUUAUGAUUAUUAUAUAUAUAGCAUAAAAGUUUAUUAUUAUAGGAAUAACAACUUUCAAGGUGUGUUUGGAAAAUAUUUGUACUUUAAAAUACAAAUUGUAUUUAAAUUUGAGGACAUAUAAAUUCCAAUUGUAUUUUUUGGAAAAAUAAA